CCCGUUUUCAUGAGCACCUCUCACUAAGGCAGCUCGGAGCCGGCAGAGGCUGAGAGAGGAAGGAGGGGGGAGCGCGGGAGGAGGGAGCGAGCACCGGCACUGAUGGACGAGCCAAAGGUCACAGGUACCAAACCAAAGAUGUCCUCAACAAGAACGAUUCUACUCAUCCUGGGAUUCCUCUCCACUUUGGCUGUAAUUGCUUUAAUUGCUGUAGCAGUGACCCAAAACCAGCCACUUCCGAAGAAUAUUAAGUAUGGGAUCGUGCUGGAUGCGGGAUCGUCCCACACCAACCUCUACGUGUACGAGUGGCCAGCAGAGAAGGAGAACGACACCGGCGUGGUGAGGCAGGUGGAGGUGUGUAAAGUUGAAGGCCCUGGGAUCUCAGGUUACUCCCAUGCCACAGAGAAAGCAGGCCCCUCUCUGGCACAGUGCCUACAACAAGCAGAAGACGUGAUUCCCUCAGCACAGCACAAAGAGACACCCGUCUACCUCGGAGCAACUGCUGGCAUGCGGCUUCUCAGGUUGCAGAAUAAAAGUGCAGCAGAAAACGUCUUGUCCUCAGUAGGAAACACACUACGCUCAGCUCCCUUCAACUUCCAGGGUGCCAGAAUCAUCACUGGUCAGGAAGAAGGAGCCUAUGGAUGGAUUACCAUUAACUACCUUCUGGGCAAUUUCAAGCAGUCUGGCUGGAAAAAGCUUCUACACUCCCUGAAAUCCUUAAGUGAGACAUCAGGAGCACUGGACCUAGGAGGAGCCUCCACACAGAUUACCUUUGUAUCAAAGGACCUCACUUCUGAGUCCCCAGAGAACCAGCUCUACUUCCGUCUCUACGGCAAGGAUUACCAAGUGUACACCCACAGCUUUCUCUGCUAUGGGAAGGACCAGGCUCUGCAGCAGAAACUGGCCAGGGAUCUACAGACCGUGGAGAACAGCAGUCUACCCGACCCAUGCUUUCACAAGGGUUACGAGAGGACUAUAAAUAUUAGUGACUUCUUCAAAAACCCUUGCACAUCAGACAAGAAAAAGCAAUUACCUUUCAGCCAGCUGUACAUAAAGGGAGAGGGGGACUAUCAGAAGUGCCGGGAAAGCAUCCAGAAACUCUUCAACAAAAGCAAUUGUCCUUACUCCAGUUGCUCCUUCAAUGGGAUAUACCUACCUCCAUUACAAGGGGAUUUUGGGGCUUUUUCUGCUUUCUAUUUUGUGAUGAACUUUUUGAACCUGACCAGUGAACCAAAUCCCCUUGCCCUGAACAAAGUGAUCAGCACCAUUGAGAGCUUCUGUGCCCGGCCUUGGCAAGAGGUGAAGACAGCAUAUCACCACAUCAAAGAAAAGUACCUGAGUGAAUAUUGCUUCUCUGGAGCCUACAUCCUCUCUCUCCUGGAAAAUGGCUAUGAGUUCACUGAAGACAACUGGCAAAUGAUCCACUUCCUUGGAAAGAUUGGCAGCAGUGAUGCAGGUUGGACCCUGGGCUACAUGCUGAACCUGACCAACAUGAUCCCUGCAGAGGAGCCAGCCGGGCCCCCUCUCUCCCACGGCAGCUACGUGGGGCUGAUGGUGCUGUGCUCCCUCGUGCUGGUGUCUGUGCUCCUGUUUGCCUGGCUUCUCUUCCACAAGCCCAAGUGCCUGCAGAAGGGGAUUGUCUAGGAAGAACCUGAAGGCGAGAGGAGCCAUGUCAUCCUGGCUGCUCAGGGCUAGGAGACCCCAGCAGAGCAGGCUGUACAGCAGAGUCCCUCUCACUGAAGCUUCUGACUGUACAACAAGGGCAUUUAUUUCUUCUGAAUCACACUUGCACUGACAGAUGUUGGGACAUCAGGCUCGCCACCUUCUCUGCCAAGGACAGACAAGCUCGUGUCCCCUCCUUGAGUGGGUCGUACUUUCAUUCAAGGAAACUUUGCUGCUUGUUGGUUUCUGCCUUGUGCACAGCAUUAUAAAGAGAAAAGUGGCAACAAUCUUUGGGAGCCAGUGCUCCUGCAAGGGUUAUCUCAGGGUCACACAUCCCACCGAGCUCUUGGGAGCUGUCACAUCCAGGGUGAUCCUGCUCCUUCUCCGCUGAAGCUGUUCCAAGAGCCCUUUCUGCACCAGCACGCCUCUGCUGCCCUCCCUGGCCCUGAGCUCUAGCAGCCUACAGCUGGGUACAGCUCUUGCACCUGGCUGGCCCCUGGAGGUGGGUCAGGCUCCCAAAUGCCACUCUGGGAAAAGAAGGGAUGAGGAUGAAGAAACUGAGCAUGCUUGUGGUCAUCAGCCCUUAGCUGGGCUCUGUCUGCUGUCAGCUCCUUUUGCAGGUGGCGAAAUGCCUUUUCCCCACGUCUUCCUGAUGAUGUUGCUGGACCAAAGCUGGCUCACUGUUGCACUGAGCCAUUCCCGUGUCCCUAAGGUACAUCAAGCCACAAGUUCCCAACCAGGCAUUGCUGCUUUUGGUAGGAAGAGCUUGUACUGGCCCAGGUUCCUUGGCCAGUAGUGAUUGUCUGUGCCUGCAGGGACUCUGGUGUGAUCAGUGUGCCCUCAGGUAUCACCCACUAAAGCAAUCCAGGGUCACUGUGCUGAUAACACAGCAGCCUCCAAUCUAGGGAAAGUGUUUAUUAGUUAAUGUUCCUGUAGGCAGCUGGCAGUAGUUAACCAGCAUGAGAAUGCACGGAUUGAACCACUCUUUCCACCAGCAAAAUUAGUGAAGAUUUGCCUUUCCUUUCCUCAUAGCACAGGCUUAUCCUAUGACCACAAGACCCAGGGCUUGUGAGUGCACAUACUGCAGCCCAUACAACCAGGACGAUGCCACUGAUUGAGUCUAUGAAUCACUUUCUUCCAUUUUUCCAUUUCUUGGUCCAAAAAAAAAAAAGAGAGGUAAGUCAGAAAUCCAUUUUUUAAAAAACACUCAGAAACCACUGGUGCCUGUCUACCUCCCACAAAAUCUCAGAAAUCUCUUCUCCUAAUGACCUGUAAAUGUGGAGGCAAAAAGAAAGCAGAUAUUGUAGAGAGGAAGGCAUAGCAAAUACUCACCUCCUUCCCCAAGCAGAGGUGCAGGCAGUGUGGAGCACGUCAGGAUGUGCAACCCCAACAAUGCCUUCUCCUUCAGGCAAGCACAGACACAGAGCUCUCCCAGUGUGUCCCUCGGCAUAGUCCAGGAUGGAAAAUGUCACCCAGUUAUUUCUACUUCAUGCCUGGAAGUAGAAGCCCUAAUAUAUUGAAGGACCCACAGGUAAGGGGAAAAUCUACCCUGUCCUAAGGUCUUUGGACAGAUCAUUGUUCUUCCAAAAACCUGUGUCUUAUUUUUGCUCUGAAUUAGGUGGCUUCAGCUUCUGUUGGAUCUUGUUCUGCCCAUUUCCAAAAGACUGAGUAACUCUGCUAUUAAAAUCCCUUUUUCUUCAGUGGUGCUUGCAAGUUGUCAUUAUAUUAUAUUAAAGUAGACUGGUUUUCAAUCUGUAAAGUGGUCUCAGCUGACCUCACUUGCAGCUCUUGACUCCACUUCUUUUAGAAGUUGUACAUAUUUCUGAAACUUGGACACCAAAGUUUUCAGCAGGUAGCUGAGUCACUAAUAGUGUACAUAUCUGGUUUUCAUCUAUGCCUUAUGUUAUCCAUUCAUAUAUCUCUGGUCCAGGUCUGUUCACUUAACAGAAAGUUUUUAGGCUUUUGAGUCCAGCUGGACUGUUGCAACUUGGUCUUUUUUCCCAGCCAUGGCAUUUCAAAACAGCCUCUGUCUCACAUCCUACAUCACUGUCUCUCAAAAUGAGCCAUUUUUCCUUCUGUGUGGCUCCACUGAAAUACAUAUUAUUCAAAGAAUAUUGCCCCAAGCAGAUUAUCCAGUUCAAUCUGCAAAUGCCCUUUCACCAGCAGUGAGUCCGCUGACCAGUUUCUGUUUAUCUGCAGAUACACUGCGAUGUGGGAAUUCAGCUAGGGAUGCAGCUCUCCUUCCGUUGUUUGCAGCAAAGACAGGUAGAUAAGAGAUAAGCAGCAGGUUUUGGCUGGAAGGCAUGCAGGAGAAAUGUGUGAUCAGAGCUGCUUCUGGUGCCCAGACAGCCUCACAUGCAGCACAGCCCAUCACAUGCCACCCUCCUUGCAUACGGAGCCCGGCGCCCGUGUAGCAGAGCAGAGCGCUGGAGAAGCUCCCAGGUGAGCUGGCGCAUCCGUCCUCCCCGUGAACAGCACGGAAACCUGCAGAGGGGCAGGUCCUCCCCUGAGACCUCCUUGGGGAUCUGGCAGCUGCUCAGCUGUGUCCGUGAUGAGAACUGGCAGAUCCGUUAGGACAUGUCAGAAAUUGAUGCAAAAACUUCAUGUGGAAGUUGGUGUGGAAAGAAAGGUUGUUCCAGUCUGCUCUUCUUGUCCUUGCUAGGGAUUUAUGUCAAAAGAAAAUGUCAAAUAUCUGGGAGAAGAGCUUUUACAAUGUUUUGUAUCUUCAUUGCAAGUCCCAUAGUAUUAAUACUGUUAGCUCCUGAUUCUGGAGCCAGGUGAGCAGUGACAUCUUCACUUGCUCCUGCUGUAUUAAUUAUCUCACUUUUUGGUUUGAGUUUUGGGGUUUUUUAAGCUUUAAAUAUGACUUGAGUGCAACCAAAAGGGCCCGAACCAAGAUAAAUGCAAAAUAUGUUACAAUAUUUUUAAACCUUAUAAAUUUUAGACCCCAUUCAUAAAUCAAUCUCUCCAGGAUAAGAACUUCUGAGGUGACAACAUGCCAGUUGAGCAGCCUGAGGCUUCAGGAAUCAGUUGACUGAAGGCAUCCUGUC